UUUUUUAAAUUCAAUUCAAUUUUUAUAAAUUUUCAUCAAAUACAACAAGAAAAAAAAAAUUUUAAUCAGAAAAAAUGGUUUGUAAUAAAUGUCAGAAAAAAUUGGGCAAAGUUAUCACACCGGAUGUAUGGAAAUCUGGUGCCCGUAAUACGCAAGAAAGUGGUGGCCGACAACUUAAUGAAAAUAAAGCAUUAACAUCACGAAAGAAUCGUUUUCAACCAUAUCAAAAAUUUGAAACAUGUAAAAUAUGUAAACAAAAAGUCCAUCAGGCUGGUUCACAUUAUUGUCAAUCAUGUGCAUAUAAAAAAGGAAUCUGUGCAAUGUGUGGAUCAAAAAUUUAUGAUACAAAAAAUUAUUGCCAAUCAAGUGUUUGAAUUCGAUAGGAUUCGAUUUGUAUUUUGUUGAAACGUUUUUUUUUCUUCAUUUUUAUACAUAGAAAAACACAUAAUUCAUAUAGCCCCUGUUGUGUUAAACAUCAUCAUCAUCAUCAUUUUGAUAAUAUAUAAACGACGCCUGGAGCGCCGUCAUCAUCAUUAUUUUAUUGAAUAAAAGAAAUUGAUUGAUUGAUUGCGAUUUUUU